AGUUUAUAUUAUACUAUUUGUAUAACAAAAAAAUGUUGGCAUUUAUAUUAUUUCUUGUAGCAUUACUUGGUUUAUAUUAUACCAUUUGGAUUAACAAGUGGAGGAACCUAAAUUGUGAAGGUGUUCUGCCUCCAGGUUCAAUGGGAUUGCCAUUUAUAGGAGAGACCCUUCAGCUACUCAUGCCUAGUUAUUCUCUAGAUACUCAUCCUUUCAUUAAGAAAAGAGUUCAAAGGUACGGACCUAUAUUUCGAAGUAAUAUAGCAUGUCGGCCGAUUGUAAUUUCGACAGAUCCAGAAUUCAAUAAGCACAUCAUAAAUCAAGAAGGAAGACUGGUGGAAAUGUGGUAUUUUGAAACAUUUUCUAAGAUUUUGAUACUAGACGGUGAAUCAAGAACUAAUAUUUCAGGUUAUAUUCACAAAUAUAUACGAGGAGCCUUUUUAGGUCAAUUAGGCACCGAGACACUCAAAACAAAGUUGCUUCCCCAGAUAGAAAAUGUGGUGAAGGAAACUCUACAUUCUUGGUCUAAUCGAGAUGUAGUUGACGUAAAAGACGCUGUUUCCGUCACAAUUUGCGACGCCACGGCUAAGUUCCUUUGUGGUUGUGAAGCCAUAGUAUCAGCUAACAAUUUAAGUGAGAGUUUUACUCUAUUUGCAAAAAGUCUUAUGACGUUUCCAUUGAACAUUCCUGGUACUGCAUAUCAUAAAUGUCUCAAGCAUAAAGAAAAUGUGAUGAACGUACUAAGAGGAUGGAUGAUCGAAAGACGACGAACAUCAUCAGUUGAAAAGUCGCCUGAAGAUGAAGAUUUUUUUGAUGUUGCAUUCAAGCAAAUGGAGAAAGAUAAAUUUUUCACAGAAGAGUUCAUUCUUAACCUUCUUUUUGCCUUAUUGUUUGCUAGCUUUACCACAAUAUCAACAACAAUUACUUUAAUGCUCAAGUUCAUUUCAUCUCACCCGCGGGUGUUACAAGAGUUAAUGGCUGAACAUGAGAGCAUUCUCAAAAAUAGACGUCCAGAUUGUUCCAUCACAUGGGAGGAAUAUAAAUCGAUGACAUAUACUCAACAGGUUAUUAACGAAACGCUUCGGAUGACGAAUAUUGCACCUGGAUUAUUGAGAAAAGUUGUAAAAGAUAUUCAAUACAAAGGAUAUACUAUUCCUGCUGGUUGGAGUGUAAUGGUUGUUGAUACCGACCGUCAUAUGGAUUCAGAGGUGUACAAGGAUCCUCUUGUGUUUAAUCCUUCUCGUUGGAAGGAACUUGAUUUUUACACUAUAUCUAAGAAUUUCUCACCUUUUGGAGGAGGAACGAGACAAUGUGUUGGAGCAGACUAUAGUAGACUUAUAAUGUCUAUAUUUGUUCAUGUUUUGGUCACCAAAUAUAGGUGGGAAAAAAUUGAGGAAGGAAAGCUUCUCCGGAAUCCAAUAUUAGGAUUUGGAAAAGGUCUUCAUGUCAAACUCUUUGAAAAACAUUAACUCAAUGUGAUUCUGCAAUAAGAUGUACUUAUCAAUCUAUAAUUUUGGCACAUUUGUCAUAUAAAUUAAGAUCUUCCAAUUUCAGCAUAUAUAUUAUGAUUUUUUAACUUUGCAAUA